GAUUCUGAAAAUUACCCUUCGGAGCAAAAGCUUUGCAAUUCCGGUCUUGCCGGGCGACCCAUCUACAAUUCCCCUCUCGCCCUGAAAAUUACCCUCUCGCCCUGUCGCCUCUUACAAUUCACCUUACUCUCCAAUCCAGAUCAGCAUUUUCUUUGUUAGUGAUUCUUCAGCUUGUUUUGGCGGAAAUAUCGACAGCUCAUUACAAAGAUCGACUGAAGAUGGUUGUCCUUGCAGCUGCUGUUAUUACCAAACCUGGGAAAGUGCUGGUUUCAAGGCAGUUUGUGGACAUGUCUCAAAUAAGAAUUGAGGGGUAUCUUGCUGCAUUUCCCAAAUUAGUUGGAUCUGGAAAACAGCACACUUAUGUUGAGACUGAAAACGUGCGCUAUGUUUAUCAGCCAAUAGAGUCUUUGUAUUUGCUGCUUGUGACUAAUAAACAGAGCAACAUUCUUGAUGAUUUGGAGACACUCAGACUGCUCUCAAAACUUGUACCUGAAUAUUGUUAUCCCCUAGAUGAGGAGGGAAUUUGUAAAACAGCAUUUGAGCUCAUUUUUGCCUUCGAUGAACUCAUAUCGUUGGGUCAUAAGGAGAAUGUUACGGUUGCACAAGUUAAACAGUACUGUGAAAUGGAGAGCCAUGAAGAGAGAUUGCACAAGCUGGUUUUGCAGAGCAAGAUUAAUGAAACGAAGGACGUCAUGAAGCGCAAAGCUAGUGAGAUUGACAAAAGCAAGAUUGAAAAGAACAGGGGUGAUAAAGGUUUUAUGUCUAUUCAGUCAAUGAGCUCAGGAAGAAUUGAUAGUGGCUUCAGCAGUGAUUCAAGCAUAACUAAUACUGGGCGUGAUUUUGGAUUGAAUGCUGAUAUGGAUCUUUUCCCCACCAAAUCAAAGGGCCGCACUGCACCUACUACAGCUCCUUCUAAAGUCCUUGGUAUGCAGCUAGGAAAAUCACAAAAGACCAACCAAUUUUUGGAAUCUCUUAAAGCUGAGGGUGAAGUUAUUGUUGAGGAUGUUAAACCUAGUACUGGUCAGUCUAAGACAGCUGGCCUUCCACUGACUGAUCCUGUCACCUUUAGUGUGGAAGAAAAGCUUAAUGUAACAUUAAAACGUGAUGGAGGAGGUAGCCAUUUUGACAUGCAAGGCACCUUAUAUCUUCAAAUUCUCAACCAAGAAGAUGGAUUUAUCCAAGUCCAGAUUGAGAAAGGUGGUAAUGGUGAUAUAAAUUACAAGACACACCCUAAUGUCAACAAGGAGUUAUAUUUGAGAGAAAAUAUUCUAGGCCUCAAAGAUCCAAAUAGGGCUUUUCCCACUGCGCAAUCAGGUGGUGGUGUUGCUCUGUUGAAAUGGAGACUGGAGUCAACGAAUGAGUCUUUUUUUCCAUUAACAAUUACCUGUUGGCCAUCAGUUUCCCCAAAGGAAACCUAUAUGACUAUUGAAUACGAAACUCCAGCAAACAUUGAUCUUCAGAAUGUUAUAAUUUCUGUGCCCCUUCCAGCUCUCAGAGAUGCCCCAAAUGUAAAGCAGAUUAAUGGAGAUUGGAGAUACAACUCCAGGAACUCUGUUCUUGAAUGGUCGAUAGUUCUCAUUGAUAACUCGAACAGCAGUGGGUCCCUAGAAUUUACCGUGCCUCCAAUGGAUCCAUCAACCUUCUUCCCAAUAUCGGCCCGCUUUACUUCUUCAUCGACUUAUAGCCACUUGAAGGUGACCAACAUAUUGCCACUUCAAGGUGGGUCCGCCCCAAAAUUUUCACAAAGAACUGUGCUGGUUACUGAGAAUUACCAAGUGGUUUGAGACAGAGGGAUAUGAAAAAUACUUUUGAAUUGGAGUUUGAUUGGUUUUUAGGAACAUCACAUAUCCUACUACCCUUCAACCUGUUUGGAUUUUGGAUUUUGGGAACAAAGUAAACCGAAUACUUUGCGUUAAAUGAUUUGAAUCUUUUAUGGGAUUUCAUUACAAGUCCUCUAAUAAUUUCACUUCGCUGCGUUUGGUAGCCCUUUUUUCCAUCAUUUCCAAUGGAGCCAGAGGCAAGACUCACUAUUUUUUGGCCUGAAAAUAUGAUGGAAUAAAGCAAAAUGACUCACUAAAUUGUUUGCGUUUCUUUGUCAUGAAACAAUCACUCCAUGCAAUUUUUUAUCCGAUUUUCAUUUUUUGAUCAUUCAGAAAUAGUCUCUUUAUGCUUUAGUACAAAGGUAAGGCUUCGUACAUCAGAUCCAUCCUUACCCCACCGUAGGUGGAGCCUUUCUUGCACAGGGUAAUGUUUUUGUUGCGUUUGGUGGCCUUUUAUCUUCUGAAAUUAGCUGAAAUGCUGAACUGGUUAAGAAUAAGAAAACAACAAUGUUGUAUCUUUUGUUAUACAUUUUAUUCCAAAAGUGAAUCCAUCAGACUAUGCCCCUCCCAUUAUUUCCCUCUAGCUGAACAGGUUAAGAAUAAGAAAACAACAAUGUUGUAUCUUUUGUUAUACAUUUUAUUCCAAAAGUGAAUCCAUCAGACUAUGCCCCUCCCAUUAUUUCCCUCUAGCUUUCAAGUAAAUUUUAAACAUCUGACGUUGGAAAGUUUUAUUAUUACUAUUUUCUUGGAAAUGUAUAUAUUGUACCAUGCUUACCAAUUAAUUUGUGACAAGAGAUUAACACAAGUAUUUAAGAAAUCUGAAAUAGUGUGGGUGGAGAUGGGGUUAUGGGAUCAUAAUAGAUCUGACUGAUCCCAGGAGAGGGACCAACUAACGUUUGACAGAUCGACAAGAGAAGACUCAAGAUUGUGGAGCCAACAAGGGAAGACCGCCCUUGGAUUGUUGCCUUGUUGGGGUGACGAAGGAAGACUUGACAAGGAAAGCUAUAGGAUUGUAGACUUGACCCGGUCGGACUGGUCGAGUGGUCGACCUAGAGGUCAACUUCAUAACAGAACAAUUUAGUGUAGCUCUAACCUUCUCUCAACGUGCUCACUUACUCCGGGAGCACGUAGUGACUGGUUACCUUGUGUAAGUUAUAAAAAUCACUUGUUGACCAAGUCUUUUCCGCUGUAGUGAACUCUACCAAACUCUGGGUGCAAUAAACACUCGUUCAAUCCGUGAACUUCUUUCGUACUUGAGUUUUUU